AUGAGUGAGGAUCCUUCCUUUGUCACUCUGACCCUUCAACAGCGCAUCGCGGCAUUGAAUGCUGCCCAUAUUGGUCGAAUUCCUGGAGAACCGCCCCGACCCUCGUCUCACCCUCCUCCUCCUGUCCCUUCCAGGCGUCCCCUGAUAGUCAAACAACACACCAUCAACAACCCGCCAGAACAGGUCAAUGGGUCAAUCACCGACUCCAGACCAGGUAAUCUGCCUGCUCCUCCACCUCAGCCUCCGGCGAGAAAACAGCCUCCGCCGCUGCCCUGUCGAAAUCCCCCGUUUGAAGAACAGAGGAGGGCCUCGGUAGCGUCGACCAACUCCAGUGGUACAAAUGACACAUCCAAUACGUCCUCUUCAAAGGCCACAACCACCACCGCUCGCACCAAGUCUACUGACUCGGGCAGCCGAAUCAAAGCACCUGCAUGGGGCGAGUGCGAAUUGCCUGCCCUUCCUCCCCGGAAUGGUAACCCACAUAUUGCCACCAAAAAACAUUCGGAGGACCGCCCCAAAUAUGUCAAUCGAGCUCUCUCGAGCACGACAGUUAUCACCCCAGCUACGUCUGUGGAAGCUAGACCUACUCCGCCUCCGCGACCGUCCCUUCCCCCAAGACUGCCUUCGCGCAAACACGAGGCUGAACACUCGGAGCACGCCGGAGAGACUCCGCCAAGGAAGAUGCCCCCUGUGCCCUCGGUCGAGUCAAUAGAAAAAGCGAAGAAAGCUGCUUUCUUCUACCAUACUCCAAAAGAGCAACCAUAUCACCAGGAAUCUGUCGCAGUCAUGGAGCCAGUCCAACUGCCGCUGAGGGAACCUGUGCCACUGCCCUUACGAGAGCAUGUAAUACCAUUGCUACGGAGAGAGAAUGUACCUUUCCCGUCGGGAGAGGAUAUGACUGGCCAUUUGAGAGAUACUCAGUCAGCUCCGCCGCCAGUUCCUAAAUCCUCUCGACCAGAUCUUUCAGCCAUCCAGGCGACUAAGCCCAAAUUUUCUAUAAACACAACCUCGGUAAACGGUGGUCUAUCGGCUGCGGCCAGUGUCUGUCUAGUCUGCCGGGACUUCUCUGGCCCUGAUCACCAAGCCACUCUUUUCCCCAGAACUCAGGUGACCUCGUUACAAACGUUGGCCCAUCAAUUGACUUCUCCAUUUCCGUCACCCACGGACAAAGCACGAGCCAUCUUUACUUGGCUACAUCACAACAUUGCCUACGAUGUUGUGAGCUUCUUCAACAACAACGUAAGAGGCUCCACGCCACAGUCAACUUUACAGAGUGGACUGGCGGUUUGUGAAGGCUAUGCUGCCCUUUUUACGAACCUAGCUACCUACGCUGGCCUAGAAUCUGUCGUCAUCUCAGGCCACGGCAAAGGCUACGGAUUCAAUCCCAUCCCGCCAGGAGCUCCCCUUCCGCCAUAUAAUGCCGGCCACGCAUGGAACGCUGUCAAGAUCGACAACGAAGAGUGGAAACUCAUCGACACAUGCUGGGGAGCAGGUUAUGUUCAAGGCGCAGGUCGCCCUUACAUAGCUAAAUUUAACCCGGAUUUCUUCACCAUGUCGAACGAAGAAUUCGCAGUCAAGCAUUUCCCAGGCAAUGAGGAUCUGUUCUUCCUCCGUGAAGGGCGGCGCUUGAGCUGGGAGGAGUAUAUCGUGGUUGACCCUGCGUCCUGGCCUGACAUGGUUGAAGGCCCCACGAUUUUCACGAACGCAAAAGAAGAUUAUUCUAUUGGCGAAAAGACGGUGUACCCGCGAGCAAGGAAAAUCAACGUUCGACAACCUGAUAGCGUUCGAUUCCAAUUCGGUCUCAGAUGUGCGCACUGGACGCUGGACAGACAUACGCGGAAAGGACCACCCCCUGUAUUCGUUGUCUCGGUCAAUGGAGUUGAUGGUCGAGAUAAAGAUCUUGUCCCCGUGGAAUACUAUCCCGGAGCCAUGGGACAGGGUGGUGACAUGUGGGUGGUGGAUAUCCCGGCUCGCCAGCUAGGGGCACCAGGGCAGACCAUCACGCUGUUCGCAGUUACGACUUUCGGGAAUAGGCAAGAUGCUAGAGGUCUUAGCGUCGUGGAGUUUCGCGAGGGCAAGGGACGAGUUGGGAUGGGAUUUACUGGCGUCGCGGCUUGGGAUUUGGUUUGA